AUACAAAUAAAAAUAAAUAAAUAUAUAUAAUGUCGAAAACCGAAAGCGAUUAUAAUUUACAAUUUGAUUUUGUAGAUGACUACGAACUGAGGAAAAGGAAUUUACAAAAUUUUCCUUCAGCUCAUGAUUUGCCAUCAAAAAACAAAAAUAAUAUUAAUCUUGGAUUGCAUUCAGAUCUUGAAACAUCACCUAUAAUGAGUAACCUGAAGUUAAGUGAAGAUGGGAAUGAUAGUUACUUAGAUAUCGAUGGGGGUUGUCAUGGAAAAUUGAUAUACCAGGAUUCAGCUUUGAGAUCUUCAUUAAUGUCAGGAACAUCAACAUCAUCAACAACAACAACAUCAACAACAUCAACAUCAACAACGACAUCAACAUCAUCAACAACAACAACGACAUCAACACCAUCAACUAUAGUUGUCAAUACAUGCGGAAACAACAAUAUAGUCCAGGUUUUUUCUCAGCCCCAGCAAAUGCCAAUCAUUCCUAAUCACUCUAAAUUUUCCACGAACGACACCUACGUCAACGGUGCGAACAUCCCUUCCGGACUUCCUCCCAAGCAAUUUCAUUCAACUUUUAAAAACGAGAAAGAUUUUCAAACUGCCAAUACUACCCAGAAAGUGAAAAAAAUUAUCAAUGUGCCUACUGGGACAGUUACAGAGUGGGUCUGCCACAAGGUAUCUCAGAAUGUCUCCCCACAGAAAUGGAAGACCCUGGCCAGAGAGUUGAAACUGAAGCAGAAUAAAAUUGAUGAAAUCGAGAUGGAUAACAUGGAACAAUCUGUAGAAGCUUUUUACCAGAUGUUACUUGCCUGGCGGGAAUCUAGGGGGAGCGGGGCAACGUUUGAGGCUCUGGGCAGGGCGUUAUUGAAGUGCAAUGAAGCCCCUGUCGUCAAAAAGCUUGCCGAGUUUAAAUCUUUUGAAUGAAGAGAUUGAUUGUGUGUUUUUGCUUGCGAGCGUGUUUGUGUGUGUGCGUGUGUAUGUAUAUAUGUGUGUGUGUGUGUGUGGGUGUGGGUGUGUGUGUGUGUGUGUUUUAAUUAGUCUCUCACUGUUUAGGUCAGCCGUAUUUAAACGAAAGAGACAUUUAUUUUUAAUUCUGACGUCAUUUUAAACAAAGACAUUUUAUUAAUCACUCACUGUUCAUACCAAAUGAAUGAAAAUAAAUAAUAUUAACAAAAGAAAGCAUUCUAUAUACAAAAUUUGAAAAUAGUAAAGGCAGGUUUGGUUUUUGCAACA